AUGCGCCACGUCAACGGCACGGAGCGAGGCGAGCCCGUCUACCCGACCUUUGGGGAGGCGUUCCUGUACGACAACUGCACGGCGGGGACGGCGCUCCCUCCCGGGUACAACUCCACGUUGUUAUUCACCAUCCCGCAGGUCGAGCUGGUCCUGCUGACAGCCGUCUACGCGCUCAUCUUCGUCGUCGGCGUGGUGGGCAACUUGCUGGUGGGUGUGGUGGUGGCGAAGGUCCGGCGCAUGCGCAGUCCCACCAACUACCUGCUGCUGAACCUGAGCGUGGCUGACCUGCUGGUCCUGUUGGUCUGUGUUCCCGCCGCCAUACAGGAGACCUGGGUCGUCUCGCCAUGGCUCCUGGGCGAGUUCAUGUGCCACUUCAUCCCAUACAUGGAGUUCUCGACGUUCCACGCCUCCACGCUGACCGUCAUCGCCAUCGGCGUGGAGCGGUACUACGCCAUCUGCCUGCCGCUGAGCUGCAAGCACGUGCUGAGUGGCGGCUUCAUCGUGCGCGUCAUGUGCGCGCUGUGGGCCGCGGCCUUCCUCACCGCCGUCCCCGUCUUCUUCGUCACCGAGUUCAGCUACGAUCGCGGCGACGACGGGGAGCUGGCGGCCAACUGCGUGAUGCACAUCGACACGUUCGGCGGGAGGCUGUACCUCACGGCAAGCAACGUGGUGUUCUACUUCGCCCCGCUGGCGAUCCUGUCCGGGCUGUACGUCGUCAUCUCCCGGAACCUGCGCGAGCCCGAGCUGCACCAGUCCAUCCGGCAGGGCUCCGUGGCGCGGCUGCGGCUCCAGGCACGCAGACAGGUGACGUACAUGCUGCUGGCCGUGGUGGUGGUGUUCUUCCUGUGCCUGCUGCCGUACCGCACGAUCCUGAUGGUGAUGAUGUACGCAACGCCGGAAUCACUCUUUCAGGUUCUGGGCGGACCGGCUCUGUGGAAGCUCCAGGCGUUCUGCCGGGUCAUGGUGUUCAUCAACUCCACCGUCAACCCCGUCCUGUACAACCUCACGUCCUCCAAGUUCCGUCAGGCCUUCCGUACGGCGUUCUGCGAUGGCGACGGCGACUCCGAUCGCGGCACGGAAGCCGGCUUCACCACCAGAAACUCCAGCCGCCGCCACCCGCUGAACACGACCACGGGGAACAGCACGGCCCGCAGCACGGCCAGCACGUCCAACGGCAGCCGCCGCGCCACGCACCUGCAGGAACUGUCCAUCUACUCCCGGUCCCGGCAGUACGGGAAGGAGCUGACGGUGACAGACUCAACGGUAUGAUUUCAUUCGAGACGACGUCCUAUCCUGAGAUCCACACCCCCGCACGUUAAAGAACCCACCAUACCUCGCGAGGAAGAGGACACGUUGGAAAGAGAUGAAGAAAGACUGAAUGCGGCUACGGGACAUUUCCAUACGACUGUAGACGCAGAACACAGU